AUGGCACCCGCUAUCUUGAACGAACCUGAGGCCCCUAUUACUCCUCUUCCUGUCACCAAGGAGCUUAAUGGGGCCACCAAGUCAGCCAAAGGCCUUGACAGCCUGACCACGGCCCUGACCAAAUCCAAUGGCAAUGGCGCCGUCAAGGCACCCGCCAACGGCCAUUCCCACGGCAAGGCAGAUGGUUUCAACGACGAAUUGGCCGUCGCCAAACCGAUCUGCUUUUUCCCCACCGAGGAGGGAAGCUCAGAUGUGCUGAGGGUCUUGGACUACAACCCGGCAAUCCUGAAUGAUCCGGCUGCCAUUGAGUGGAUCGCAGGCCAGCUUCAUAAAUCCAAUAUUGUCAACAGUCACCAGCUCCACCAGCUGGAGGUUCAUCAUGUUGAGACAGAGCAUGUGCAAGAUGCCGAAUAUAUGCAAAACAUCCUCGAGCUCAAGCGGACGAAGCACACCUCCGAUGAGAGUUAUAUUAAACUCCGGACCAGUAUGACCAAGCACCUUCGGAAGGCCCAGGCCGAUUCGGAGGGCUUCAUGGUGACCAUCGCCCAGCUGUCCGACGAGUUGAGUCAGGCGCAGCGGGCCGAGGCCCUCGCCAAAGCCGACAGCAAGGCGGCGCACGCACUCCAUCAGCAACUUCAGUCAGAAAUCAAGACCGUGCGCCACGCGUUGACCCUCGCCCGCGAGCAGCUGAUCAAGCUGGUCAAGGAGCGGGAUGAUGCAGUGCUGGAGUCCGACAAAGCGGAGGGACUCCUCAAUAUCCGGGAUGCAGCGGUUGCGCGGCUCGAUGCUGAGGUGGAGCGGCUGGUGAGCCAGGUCGAUUCCUUGCGGGUGAAACUCUCCGAUGCUAUCAAGGCCAGAAAUGCCGCAGCGCUCGAUGAGCUCAAGACGCGUCAGCAACUGACGCGCGAGCAAGACACUUGUUCGACCUUAAGAAAGAGGGUUGCGGAGCUGGAACACAAGCACGAGGCCAAGGCGGAGUUCAUCAGGGGUCUGGAGGCUACCAUCCACGAGCUCAGGGCCCAGCUCACCCACGCCAGAACGGAAGUGAAGGAGGCAUUGGAGGAUAAGGAGGGCCUCAAAACCAAAUCCCGCGCGCUGGAGGAUCAAAUCCGAGACGCUGUGGAGGCGGCAAGUGCCGCCAAUGACACUUUAGACGUGGCCAAGAAGCAGCUCGACGAGGCUCUUUCUACUCGGGAGCACGCGGAGGAGCAACGCACGGCGGCUGAAAUCGCCUGGACUCGCGCCGAGCUGGAGAAGCAGGACGCGCAAAGCAAGCACCGAGCCAUCCGAGAGCAAUUCCUGAAGCUCGAGGCGGAUUACGCGCAAGAGCAGCGCGAGAAGGCGACCCUGAAGGAGAAGCUUUCGAAGGCGGAACACCGCGCGGAGUUAGCUUGCCAUUUCACGCAGGAGGCGAUCGAAUGGGGUCAAGCGCUCAAUCUUACCAACCAUGAACUCUUCGAGCAGUACAAGAAAUCCUAUAAUGAGAAGGUCCAGGCAAUUGAGCUGCGGUUUGCGGAAGGGCGUGAGAGAGCUGACUGGCAGGAACAAGCCAGAUUGGCCCAGGCUAAGGUUCGGGAGCUGACCGAGGCCUUCUUCAGUGUCUCGAAGCAGAAGGACCGUGCUCAGAACGUCUUGGAUGAAUUCCAGAAACAAUACAAUCAGCUCAAGGAGGGACACCUCCACGAACAGCUGGGAUCCCAAAACAAGAUUGACCAUCUCCAGAAGGAGCGGAUGCAGUGGGAGACGGUGAGAUCGAAGCUGAACACCGAGAUCGAUAUGGCCAAGAUCCGGAUUGAAAAGGCGGAGGCGGCGAAGAUCGAGGCCGAAGUGGCGCGUCAGAAGGCAGAGGCGGAGUCGGUGGACGAGGCGAGGCAGCAUAAGAAGGAGUUGGAGGAAGCGAAGGCCCAAAACCAGAGAAUGGCGAGCGGGUGGGAAGAAAUCAAUCGCGGCAAUAAGACCCGGAUCGACGAGCUCUUGAAGAAGGCCGACGAAAAAGACGCGACGAUCAAGGACCUCAAGAAAGACAUUGCUGAGAUACAGAAAGUCUUGAGCCACGGCCACAGCUUCGAGAAGAUCGCGAUUCACGACCUCUUCCUGGGCGGCCAACGAGUGCAAGACGAUAAGGUCUACCGGACCAUCGGGGGACACUAUGGAUCAGUGGAGAAGCUUCCCCUGGUGCGAUGCUUCCCGGAUGAGAUGGACAAGAAGAAGAAACUGGUGGUGGUGUACACUGUCAAGGGAGAAGAAGUUGCUCGGACGUUGGAGGUUGGAGUGAAUGAAGGAUUGAAGUUCCCGGCCAGCAGCACUGCUUCUCCUGCUUCUCCUGCAUCUCCUGCCACUCCUGCUCCUGCUGCCACCCCGACUGCUCUUUCAUGA